CAUGGCGUCCAAUGCAGUUCUGUCAGAAGCUCCUCGGGCUCUGUCUGCUAAAUAUGUAGGGUCUUUUGCCUAUUUGACAGUGAAGGACAGACUGCCCACCAUUCUCACCAAAGUCAUCGACACCAUCCACCGUAACAGAAACCAGUUUUUUGAGGAGUAUGGAGAGGAGGGUGUCCAAGCAGAAAAGAGAGCCAUCUCUUUCCUGUCCAAGCUCAGGAAUGAACUGCAGACGGACAAGCCCAUCGUGGCGCUGGCGGACAACGCGCCCGACGCGGACUCCUGGAAUCAGUACCUGCAGAAGCAGCAGGCUCUGAUGGACCAGGGUGGUCCGGCCAGCUGGUUCAGAUCUCCCUGGCUUUAUGUGGAGUGCUACCUGUACCGCAGGAUGUGGGAGGCCCUGCUGCUCAAUCCUCCAAUCAGUGGUUUUGACAUCUUCAAGGAAGCAAAGACGCAGGCCUACUUUGAGUCCCAGCAGGCCGUAAUGGCGAUCUGCACACACCUGCACGACCUGGUUGAAGGCAUUGGGAAGCUGGUAGAGCCGCAGCUGUGUGAGGAGUUUUUGAAACUGCUCCAGGUCUCUUUAUGGGGAAACAGGUGUGACCUGUCGAUCUCAGCAGGAAAAGAGAACUCUCAGAAAUCCAGUCCCAUCGAUUCCCUGGAGGACCUGAAACCCUUCAUCCUAGUGGAUGACUCCAACAUGGUCUGGUCUGUCCUAAUGAAGAGCAAGGUGCUGGGUGGCGAGUCACAGGGACGAGUGGACUUCAUCUUGGACAAUGCGGGUUUCGAGCUGGUCACUGACCUUGUCUUAGCCGACUUCUUGGUGUCUUCAGGCCUCGCACGGGAGAUCCACUUUCAUGGGAAGUCUAUGCCGUGGUUUGUUUCCGACACCACUAGAGAGGACUUUGAGUGGACCAUAAAGCAGAUGUCAGGAGCCAACCACGGGUGGACAUGCUGGAGCGGGACGCGUUGGCAGCAGUACCUGAGUGCUGGCGUGUGGUCCUACCACGACCACCCCUUUUGGACCCUACCGCACGAGUUCUGCCACAUGGCCACCGAAGCACCAGAUCUGCACGCCCUCUUGCAGGGUGCCAAACUCAUCUUCUUCAAGGGCGAUCUCAAUUACAGGAAGCUGACCGGUGACCGGGCCUGGGACUAUUCUGUGACUUUCCGGAGAGCUCUGAGGGGCUUCGACCCAGCACCCCUCUGCAGCCUGCGGACCCUGAAGGCUGACGUGCAGGUGGGCCUCCAGCCCGGCCAAGGGGAGGAGCUGACGGCUCGGGAAGCCGAUUGGAUGACCAGUGGGAAGUAUGCUGUUGUGCAGUUCUUGUGUCCACACAAGGAGCAGUAGCAGACAGGAAGGAAGGACAUGAUGUGCACAGGAAGUAGAUCAGAAUGGAAUGUGGUCGUCACUUUGGAAUCAAGUUACUGAGAACAUGAAGGGUAAUGAAAUGUCUGAUUACUGGUGAUCUCCAACUGCCAGUUCUCUCUCUUAGAAAUUAAUUGAUUGGUAUAAUAUGAAAAAUGACCUGUUUUGGCAAGUUUGUUUAAAAACUGUUGCAUAGUGUUAUUUUCGUAAUGAUUCAUGUGGGUCUCUGUCAUCAUCUGUAGAAAAAAGCUCUGACAGUCUGGUGAAGUCUGUUUGAGGUUAAUUCAUGUCUUUUGUCUCACUUGCUGAAACAGAAUGUGAGUUUAUCUGAAAAUAUUUUGUUGCAACCCAUGUAGGUCCUUGCAGCCAAAUGACACCAGGUGGUAAUGGGUUCUAGGGCAUUAUUGGGGUGAUGGUGUUUUUCUGGGCCCUCUAGAGAUACAAAUUCCUUUACAAAGAAUAUGAAAGCAUUCAGUUAGUGACUUCUGGGCUGUAACAAGUUUGUUUUCAGAUUUGUCAGGGAUUGUUUGGGAACUUUUCAUAUGAGCUAAUGUUCACUUUUUACUGCACUCCUUACAAUGGUUCUCCGUUUUAAAGCAUGUGCUUUUCAUCAACAAGGCCAGUUACUUAUUAUUUAUAAUUCUGAUACUUGCUGGUAGCAGCUCGUGUGUGUGCACGCUCCAGGCAUUGCGGUUAGUGGUGUAGAUGUUUGUUUAAAGUGUUGAGGUAACAGCAGGAACUCAGGAGCGGUGUCAUCACGCGUUUGACACUCAUCUGCUUUCUUCCUACAUCAGUGUGCUGCUCACUUCUCUCAUGGUCAUCUGUUCAACAGCUCAAAAUACACAUUAGAAGUUAGUUGACCCUUCUGUUGGAUUUGUUUCGCUCUCUGUAACUCUAUAUCGGAAAGGUUAUUUAUUAUUAAAAGCUGACUGACACUUCAUAAAAUACCUGCAUCGUUAAAAAAAAAAAGGGCGACUAAACAGCAGUGCAUUUUGUGGCAGUGCAAAUGCUCAGUGUGAGUUGGCGGUGGGGGGAGUGCUCCGCGAGGCUGUGGCGUUUGGCGCCUUUUCGUUCGUUGGAACCGUUUUGAUAACACCGCUGCAUUGCGUUUAGUUGCUGAUAAACACCUUUUUCCAGUUCUAGAAAAUGGGAUAAAC